CUUAGCGUACUUAGCUUAUAACUAAGUUUCAUCAAGAGAAGACCAAUCUUGUCUUGGGUUCAAUUUAGUUACCAAUCAAAUGGUUAUUUUCUAUUUACAGACCAAAAAACGGCAUUUAUUACUUAGUUAUUUCGAGAUUAUGAUGAGCGAAAUUCGUUUUUAUGAGUUUUUGGGAAACGCAUUGAUUAUUUGCUUUAGUUACAGUACGUCAAAAUCAAUGGGAUAGUCUUAAAGAUGAUUUAUGCGCAUUAGAAGCUGACAGGUGUUCUUAUACUGAGGAUUAAUCGGCUCUUUCUUUUUCGCGUUGAACAUUUUAAAUGAAAAAAACAACGGAAGAAACAUUUGCCCGGCAGUGUAAUAUAAAAGAGAGCUUUUCUCACAGGGCAUUGUUCGAGGCCAGCCAAAGUUUCCUGUCACAAAGUCAAACGAGGAAGUCAUUUCCGUCAUUCGUCAUCUAUCAAUCGAUACUCAAGCUGUUUGUAGCUAACUGUUUGCCACUCGGUUAUAUGGAACGGGUUUUAACCUUUCGCAUUCUGUCCAUAAUCAAUGCUUUCUUGUCAGUCGCAGGAACGACUGGAAACCUACUGGUGUGCUUUGUCAUCUACCGCAACGAAGAACUUCAGACAGGUGUCAACUACUUCAUACUCAGUCUCAGUGUUGCUGAUUUCACUGUUUGUUCCAUCGCUCAGCCGUUAUACGUUUACUACUUGAAUCAAAAAUGGAACACUCGAGACUUUGAAACUUUCAAGCUGAUCUCGUACAUUGCUUUGCAUUCUUCGUUUCUUAAUCUUUUGUCUCUGACGGUCAAUCGAUUAUUCGCGAUCUGGUUUCCUUUCGAGUAUGGCACGAUUAUGCGUGGCAAAAACAUCGCUCUGAUCGUGUUCUUCGCAUGGAUUCUUUCCGUAGUCAUGGCGAUCGGGUUUGUAUUAUCCCCCUUAAAAGAUGCCGCACCAUAUUUUCACCUGGCAAUGCUGCUCAUGUUUCUUGUGAUGUAUUUGAGGAUUUUCUGCAUUGCCAAGAAACAACGCCGUCAAAUCGUUUCUCAAUUCGAAUCCAUCUCUCAUAACUACAGAGUGACGAAGGUUCAUAACGAUCAUCUUACGACCCGAACUCUGGCGAUUCUGAUCAGCGUAUCAGUUGUUCUUUUUCUGCCCGAUAUGGUGUUACAAUUAGCUGGCAGUGGCGACUACUCAAGAUUUCGUUGGUCAUUCACGACAAUGUUUAUGAGCUCGUUUUUGAAUCCUUGCGUUUACGUGUGGAGAAGUGAAAAGUUUCGGCUUGCAUUAUACAAGACUUUGGGUUUGUCGCGCAGCGGUCGUCGAUCGAAAAAGAACAUUGCCAUAAGUAAACAUUGGAACAGACCCAAGAACCCUCAGAAAGUGGGCGCAAGUAGAAUCAUAAAUGUAAAGACAUUGGAAUGCACGGAGAAUUUCGAACAUACGGAAGGAACUGAGUGUUAGUCUACGGAUAACCCUGAUUGUGGAACCGGUUUUAAAAUGUACUAUGUACUAACUGGCAUUUACAGUAUUAACUGCUAAGACGAAGCCAGUGUUGAAACUGAUUUUGGGGUUUAUUUUCCCUGACUGUGGUCGAUGUAUUGAAUAGGAAAAUGAAAUAGGUGUCUUCUUGUUAAAGGUUGCUUUGAGAGUGCUUUAAAUGGUAACGGCUGAUACAUUUCAUUAUUAUCGGGGAUAUUAAUUAUCUUGCUCCUUGUUGUUGCUAAUUAUAAUAUACGCAACUACCAGAUUAUGUCUUGACGCAAUAAAAGGCAGCAUGACGA